CAAUGAUCUGCGUUGACUGACAUUUAUUCCGCUAUUCCACCCAGUACAUAUGUACUACAUUUACCCUCAUUCUUUCCCUACCAAAACAACAGCCGCAUAUUCACCACCUUACGAACUCAAGCUUUAUUCAUUCAAGAUUGGUCCUAGACCUAGACUUAGACGUCAACAUACAAAAACCGUACAUAUCACAAAGAUGGCUCAAUCGACAGCCCACCGCCGACUCCUCCAAGAGUAUAAGAUGCUAACUAACAACCCCCCGGAUGGUAUCACGGCCGGUCCAGUCAGCGAGGACGAUAUGCUUCAUUGGGAAGCCCUGAUCCAAGGCCCCGAAGGAACACCAUUCGAAGGUGGCGUCUUCCCUGCCGAACUCAGGUUCCCCAAAGACUACCCAUUAGCGCCUCCCAAGAUGACCUUUUUGGGCGAGAUCUUCCACCCCAAUAUCUACCCGAGCGGCCUAGUCUGCAUCUCUAUCCUGCACCCGCCCGGAGACGACCCAAACCACUAUGAGCACGCGUCGGAGAGGUGGAGUCCGAUCCAGUCGGUCGAGAAGAUCCUGAUAUCCGUCAUGAGCAUGCUAGCGGAGCCCAACGACGAAAGCCCAGCCAACGUCGAGGCGGCUAAGAUGUGGCGGGAGAGCCGCGCCGAGUACGAGAAGAAGGUGCGGGACGGCGUCCGGCACAUGCUCGGCCUUUAGUGGGGAGAAAAUACACCACCCUCCGUCGCCAAUAUUAUAAAACCCAUUUCUCCUCGCCAGCUUAUCCGAAAGGUCUUCGAUGCUUUCAAGUACCGUCCGAUACACUCUCUUGGGGUGGGAGUGGACUGGUAAGGUGGGUCGUUGGGUGAGCACAAUCACGACACCGUGGCUACGAACUAGAUUCCAUCACGAGGUUAUGACGAUAGGGGAAAAGAGUGUUAAAAUGGGCUGUAGUCAAGUUAUCCUCAAGGCAAGAGAGAUUACUUACUUACAACGGAGCGAGUAAGGAUAGCGGGAUAGCGACGGCGUCUCAUCAUAACUUCAUAGUACGUGAAGGGAUGAAGAGCUGGCUUGUUUUCUCCUAUUUUAUUUUUUUAAUGAUGCAUAGCGAAGGUGUUCAAGUCGUGUAUUUGCAUAAAUUAUAUAUACAAUAUUAUCACUAGAAUCACAAGGACCACUACUACGUAUAUAUUCGCAUC